AUGUCCGCUUACGAUCAUGUAAGUGGGGGGUCGCUUAAAUUCAAGGGAGGCGGCUCUCCAUCCAUCAAAAAGAAAAAGAAAAAGAGCAAAUCCGACAAGGAAAAGUUGGCACGAGCCAUUGAAGGAUCACGAAGCGAAAGCGGUAGUCCACAACCUGUCAAAGUGAUUGAGAAAACGGAAGCUGAACGCAAAUUCGAGGAAAUCCAACGCAAACGACAAAUGGAACGAGUCGCCAAGGCAGCCAUGAAAUCGCACAAGGAAAAAGUCAUUGACUUUAAUAACAAGCUCGAACAACUUAGCGAACAUUAUGAUAUUCCUAAAGUUGGACCAGGCUAA